AUGGCCAUGGACAUAGAGUCUCUCCGUCAGUGGUACAAUGAGUACCUGAAAUCCAAUGUGGAGUUUCUUUCGGAAUGCUCCCCUCUGCUCCAAACAGUGCUCGCUGAUGAUCUUGACACGAGCUCCCUUGAACGAAGCAUAAAAGAAGUUAUGCCCAGCAUACAAGUGAAGAAUGGAUUCUGCAAGCAAUGUUGGCAUAUUUUCGAUGAGUGGCCCUUGGAUUAUUACUCGGAAGCAGAGGUCAAUGCGUCGAGUGUCUCGGACGAAUCCUUGGGAGAACAUGACAGCCGGUGGAAGUAUGUCAUUGCAAGAUCUUGUAAUACGAUAAAGAUCGAGGCAUCUACGCGAAUGGGGUGCAAGUUUUGUGCAUUCCUGUUACAGGCACUCAAAGACGAUGAUUUGCUCACCAUGUUUCGCAAAAUCGAAUCUCGUCUGCGUCGAUUAGGAGAGCCCAGUACAAUCUCUCUUUCAAUUGGAACCAUGUGGAUCAGAGGAGCCUUUAGUCUAUGGCUGGAUUUACCGAACAAGAUCUCGAUGGAAUGCAAUUCUGAAAGUGCACGCUCCACGUUCAGAAGCAGAAGCACGCCGAUUAAUGAUUCAGAGAAUCAUGCUGAUCAGCCACUGGAACUAUUUGACCAGGCGAACAAAUGGUUGCUCGAAUGUUGUGCUGACCAUGAUUGUUGUAAUACUCUUGCUGAAACGUAUCUACCAACACGACUUGUUUCGCUGGUUGGAGGACAGCCGCGAUUGAUAAUCACAAAAGACAUGGGCCAGCCUUCAUCGCAACUACGAUAUGCAACAUUGAGCUACUGUUGGGGAGAAAGAGCCUUCAUCCAGCUAAGAACUGACAAUAUUGAGGCUUUCAAGAAAGGCAUCCCAACAGCAGAUAUCCCCAAAACAUUUCAGGCUGCUUUUGAGAUUGCAUCGCGACUUGCGAUUGACUUCAUCUGGAUAGAUUCUUUGUGUAUUGUCCAGAAUGAUGAGAGCGAUUGGGAAAAAGAGGCGGAAAAGAUGCAGCAAGUCUACAGCUCUUCGUACGUCACCAUAUCCGCUUCCUCGGCGACAGACGUACAUCAAGGAUGCUUUCUUACUCCCGCUUUAUUUUGCGACGGCUUCUCCAACAAAGUGGCAAUCAAUGGCAGACAAGAACGGAUGCAAUUCGACAAUUAUGACUUUUAUAAAAGAUCAGUCUUGGGUGCCCAUUUGAUGACUCGCGCUUGGGCAAUACAAGAGAAAGUGUUGCCACCUCGGACAAUCCACUUUGGGGAUCGAGGUGUACUCUGGGAAUGUAGGAAGGGAUUUGCACCGCUAUGCCUCCAAGAAAAUAUCCGAAGCGACAUAGCCAGUCUUGUGUGUGAUGCAGACAUGACUAAGCCGUUCUUCUGGCUCAAGGUUGUCAUGGCCUACUCAGCGGCAAAUCUGACAUAUCGACGCGACAAGCUACGAGCCCUAGCCGGAAUCGCUCGAGCCGUGUUCAAUCAGACAGGAGACGAAUAUCUUUCCGGAAUUUGGAGAAAGGACAUUGAACUACAUCUGUGUUGGAGAGUCGCUGGCCCUCGAGUCACUCAUCAUAGAGCAAACCAUCAAGAUCGCGACUGGAUCGCCCCAAGUUGGUCGUGGGCGUCCAUUGAUGGAGGUGUGGAAUACAAUGACGCGGACAAACAUGACGAGCCCAAUGACGACAUGUCAAAACCAGAAAGAUACGGCCAUGUCUGUGAGCUGGGGAUCACUCACUCGGAGAAUCGAGAUUUUGGGCAGUCUAUUCGCACAAUGCUUCAUAUGCGUUGUUCCGGCCUUGUCCUUGGCCGCCUCUGCGACCAGACAACAGUAGCUUCGGAUAUUCCUGAGGCCAUUGAUUCAGUGGUCAUCAACUAUAACGAUCACGACACGGAGUUUCCUAUUCGUGUCGACUGCAUCAAUGACUCACGCAGUCUUCAUGGGAAGUCCGUGUACCUCUUGCCUCUUGCUGGAGGACGGACUGGGAUUAGCAUAAGAAAACACAAGGGGGAUUGGGUUGAUGAGAAGUAUAUAUCUGGUCUUGUUCUUCGCAAGACUGCCGCAGGUCUUGGAGAGUUUUGCAGGAUCGGAUCAUUCAAAUUUUUCGAAAACGCUUCAUUCGAACGGGCACGCAUAAACGAGUAUCUCCAGCCCUUUCUAAAAAUUUUCAACCAAGUUGGGGCAAUCACGGCAGAGACUGUCUGUGCUGAAAUGCUACAUCACCCGGAACACCCAGAGAAAAGAUUCUUGAUUACCAUUGUCUGA